UUUAUCGAUAGGAUACGCAUUGGAAGGGCAAACUCCAUGCCUGAAAUUGUAUAAGAAAUGGAAAUGGUGUUCCCUGGUUAAAUAUAUUUUGUUGUCACAUAGCUUCAAUUUCGUUAGUUGUGCUUUGCAAUCAUGAAUGCCUUCACAGCCUUUUUGUGUCGUAAUCGUGUUCUCGUUGUGAUGUUGCCUGUUGUCAUUGGAGCGCAUCUGGGUUGGUAUGCAUUACAGUUCUCUGACAUGUAUGUGCCUAAAGAAAACAGGGAAGUAAAAGUCAUGGGACUUGACCUCACAAGAGCAGAAGCGGCAACCAAGAAGUAGUUGUGUCAAGAUCAUGAUUAUUGUGAACAUACAGCAGUGACAGUGUACAAAAUCAAUAGUUCUAUUCUCAGUAGGAAGAUACAGUUCUUCAGGGAAUACCACCAGACUUGUGAAUUUAAUUAUUAAAGAGAAUACAGGCAAGAUGAAUUCUGAGAAAGUGGCAUGGAAAGGGAUGCUGGCCAAUGCGUCCAUGUGGGCUCAACGCAACAAGUUUGUGUCUCUGAUUGGGUUGUCCCUCGUCAUCUACUUGGGGACAUACCCUUUCUGGGAGGUCAAGGCCUCCACCUCCUCUGAGAGGGCAUCCUGGAAACCAAAGUCUCUGGAGCCUACAAAGUGAACUGAGACAGCACUGAAGGAUGACCCAGCCUGCAAGCAGACUUGAGAGGCCCUCCGCUGGGGCUCACCUCCAAGUGGACUGCCUCGAGGACCCAGCCAUCAGGACCAGAAUUCAGGUCUUCCGGGACCUCCUGGCCUCAUGCCAGGGACCUCAUGGCAAGGCCAAGGUCGUUCAGAACUCACUCGGGGGUCAUGUCACAUGGACAAAGUCAUCCAUUCGUUUGCUGUCAGCUAUGUCAAUUUCAACACCUGUUUUGAAGCUUAUUGCCAGUGCUGUUCAAGGUCAUUUACAGAGGUUUAAAGAUGGCGGCCUUUUCACAGCCAAUUUGUGUCUUUCUUUGUUGGAUAGAUCCCUAAAGACAGAUGUACACAGGAAACUUUUGAUCGAGUGUUAUGAAAGGUUUGUAAAUAUUAUAGAUAAUUACUUGGUUUCAAGUAAGUGUGCAUGCAAGUUUGAGAUAGAUGUGUUCAAUCUUCAAAACGUGAUGACUCUGUUGAGAAGUUUGUGUCGGCCAAAACUUUCACAUAUGAGAAGUGAAGUGCAAGACAAAAUGUGCGUCUUGUUCCUCGACGUGUUCCUGUCUACAAUACCUUCAGAAAGACAGGACUUUUUUUCUGAUCGUGUGUACACAUACAAUGUUUCCCAAACAGUGACAUCCUGGAAUCCAGAUGUUUGAGGAUUGUUGAUUGAAUGUCCGGAAUUAUCAUCUGUGACUGAGAAAAUUCUUCAUGUACCUUCUGUACCCAAUCAACAAGGAUGUGUUAAGACUAAGGUAGCUCUGGUGCUAGAGUCCAUGUCGGGGGAUUCAGAAGGUCUCAUAGAUGCGAUAUAUGAGACAGAGCAUGAGGUAGAUGUUGGUGAAGCUGUGCUGGAGAGGAUGUUGUCGUUGUGCCAGCAACUCCUGCAUUGUGGUGUUGGACUGCUGCUAUGCCAGAGAGUGAUUCAUCCAAAGGUCAAGGUAUUCCUCCGACAUGCUGGACUGUUGUUUGUUGACAGGCUGGGAUCUGCAGCUGUUCCAUACAUCAGAGAUCUGACAGGUGCCGCUCCUCUGUCGGUUUUGACUGUCAGUAUGGAGGAAGGCUGGAGUGGGUUUGGCUGGCUGGAUGGUGUCACCCAUCAGAUCUGGUGUGGCAAGAGUUAUCUCCACCUGACUCAGGAGCAUGCACCAGUUGUGACUCUGGUACUGAAGAGUUCCCUUGAAGAGACUCUUGAGGAAGUGAAGGCUCUGAGCCAGACAUCAACCAACACCUUACAGCUGCUGUUGGGGGAUCCCCACGUCCUGCCUGGGGGAGGCUGCUGGCUCACCCAUGUCGCAGCUUACCUCACGGCUAAGGUUCGAGAAGACAAAUCAAAUCUUCUAAAUGAGUUUGAGUGUACCGAGUCACAGCUGAAUGCCAGCCUGGAUACCUUUACCCACUGUCUUCUGUCUGUAGCCUUGAGGCUAACCUCCGACCUCAGCACUGAGACCUCUGACACGGUGUCCACAGAUGCUGAACAUUACCAUAUCUGGAAGUGUCCCAACACGGAUGUAUGUAACAUACAUUCUAAAACUAGUUCCUGUAAUUGUGGAUUGCUGGGGUUGGCAGAGGCUGACAAGUUUAAGUAUGUUUCUGUACGUGAGGCAAGUGGACUAUGGCCGAAACAGCACAUUGACUGGAACAAGGUGGCCAAGGUCUCUGAGGAAGAUGUGUUUCCAAGAGUGGUGGAUGCUCUGGUUGUCAUGAGGAAUGCUCUCAAGAUGGCUGUAGCUACAGCAAACACUGUCCUCAGCAUCUCUCAGUACAUACAUGAUGGCGACUAGCAGUGAGGAGUCACCACGUAUAGCAUCCAUCAUGGUCUGUUGUGCUACAACACAAGAAUUGCCCUGUGUGGUCAUGUAACAAAAUGUUUCUUUAUAACACAAUUUCGUCACACCGAAGACCCAGGUUCGAAUCCCCACAUGGGUACUAUGUGUGAAGCCCAUUUCUGGUGUCCCCCGCCAUGAUGUUGCUGGAAUAUUGCUAAAAGCGGCGUAAAACCAAACUCAGUCAGUCAGUUAUAACACAAUGGAAGAAGUGCAGGGAAGACAGUUUGUUUUGAAAAUGAAUGUUAAGUGCUACUUUCUCAAGGGUUUCUCAAGCAAUUGUUAUUUUAACUGAGUCAAGUUCAUUGAAUAUGCUUUGGUUGGGUUCCUAGUCGUUCCUGCUGCUGCUGGAUCGUUUCCCCUGAACUUGUCAGGGGGUGAACCUUCCUGUAUCCAGUUGUGACCUGGGAGUCCAGAUUCACAGUGUAUCACAACAUAGUUUCCUUUACAGGGCACUCUUGUUCAGGUGUGAAGGGUGAGAUAAGGACCUCGCCCUUCUUGGUGUGUUCAGCCCCAAUAGGUGUUUAAAAAGAAUUAUUAGUAGAAUUGUCUGGAUAUUUGUCACACUUGUUCCUAUGAAUGACAAUUCACUUUUCUGUUUCUUAUAUACAGUAUAAGUUUUCAAAUUAAAACAUGAUUAAAUACAGAAACAUUGCUAACUAAAUUAAACAGCAGCAUCUGUGACCCAGCAUGACAGUUUUGCUCAUAGCUUUGUACUGAUUAUACUACAGAAGAAUAAUGUCUAAGACCAAUGACUUGCAUAUUAUUAUCUCACAAAACCACUUCCUGAAACCCACAGAAAAUAGGCUCUUUGACAUUUAGCCCUACUUAUGUUUCUUGACUGGUAUCGAGAUAAAGCUCUGUGUAGAUUGCUGCUCCAACACUGCUGUGUUACCCUGAAUUUAGACGUAAUGAGUGUAGUAAUCAAUCAAAUAAUCUGCAAUUAUCACAUGACAGCACAUGGAUGUGAUGUGAUUUAUCACUUGUGGUUUUCAGUGAAGUCUUAUCUUUCUCAAAAAAAUUAAGCAGAUAAAAUCUAGAGGUCUUGGGAAUAUAUGUAUCCAGGGAUUUACAUGGACUCCUGUAUUUGAGAGUUUCAGGGGUCUUGGACAACAAAAUGUGGGUCCCGGACACUUAGAUAUUAUUAUUAAUACUGUUAUUGUAUUGUGUAUCAUGAUCAGUAGUUGGACUUUUUCUGAGUCCCUGUGGACGUGCUUAUAAAUUUUGUUGCGUCCAUUGUCCAUUUUUAUGUGUAUAGGAGGCAGGAAUUGGCGUCCGGUAAAUCCCUGUGUAUCAUGAGGUGCCCCUACAUUCAAAGGUAAUACAGUUUUGUUGUGUGGAGUUGUCUCCCUUAGUUUACCGGGCUAAUCAUGUUUUGGAAUACCAGAUUCAUGCUGAUAAUGAUCCUUAGUUUGUCUGUUCUAUAUGCGUGCCUAUUAGAUUCACCAAUGUGAUCAUGUCCAGCACCUGUCAUUUGGUUUUCCGCCCACAUUAACCAGGUGGGCCAUGCUACAGCUGACAUUCAGUGCAGCAUCAAAACAACUGGAACUGUGUCCAUGAUAAAGUGGAUUGGCUGCCAUGAUGCCAGCCUCCAGAUGAGAGUGUGAUGAGGUUCAUGGAAACUCUCUUUCUCAAGUUCCAUUAUAAAUCAUCAAUCAAGCAGAGAUUUACAAAAAAUUCAAGGUGUUUGAUUCAUAGCAUGUUUAGUUUUCUGAAUAUUUAUUGUAUGGCUUGUGGAUUCAUAAGACUUGUAUCAGUUGAAAGCAACCAGAUCUAUAAGAUUUGUGCUUAAUAAAAGUACUAGCUUUCCCACUUUGAUACCUUUGGAACAGUUGAUUGUUAAAUGAGGGUUUUGAUAGUUAAUUAUUUGCCUAUCUAUCACAUGUACCACUGCCAGGUAUAGUGGUGGUCCUGUUGACCUAACAUAGCGAACUAUUGAAUACAGUGGUGUUAUUCUUAUUAUAAUAUAAAUAUUGCCAGUAUGGUGUGUAAAGAAUUAACAUUUGUGUUAUGUGUUAUUUAUGUCAGUUUGUAUGAAUUAUGGAAUGCAAAGAAAACUAUCUAAUCAAGAUUGAGUGAUAUAUGAUGUGAUGAUGGAAUAAAUCAGGUUGAAAUGGC